UGAGUGAUCUGUAUGUAAAGUAAAGUGGGGGUCCGUGGGGACUCUCCAUCCUGUGAAUGAUGGGGGGAGCCUCCAGCCCUGACUGAUGGGAGGACUCAGUUGAAAGCUGCUGCAGGAAAUAAGUCCGCUGUCUCUUUAAGAAAAAGUUUUCAAUGUGUGUGAAGUUCAAGUUGGGGUCACUCGAAGUUCCUGCCCUGGGUUUUACCUUGUAGUUUAAUAUAGCUACACAUCACAUGGGGCGCUAACAGCUUCGGCUCACAUACAGACUCCUUUCUCUCCCCAACAUUAUUGCCUGAACUCACCAAAAUAGCAGAGGAAAUUGCUAAAAUAAAGGCAGAGGAAACUGAUGCUGGGCCCAGCACGUAUUACACAGAGGAAGAGUCUGGGCCUUAUAUGCAAUUAAUACAAAAAGAAGAAAGAAAGGAAAAAAGAGGAGGGUUGGCAGAAGAUCCCCGCAGAGCUGGCAUGGUGGAUGGGAGGUUGGCAGCUGGAGGCUGAGGCUCAGAUCUCACUGCGAGGAGCUGGGGAUGGUCACUCACACAGACAUCAGCUGCAGGGACACCACUGGGCAACCAGGUGGACAACUGAACACAAUGCUGGAUGCUAUGGAGGUACCCAGUCAUUCAAGGCAACUUCUUCUUCAACUCAACUCCCAGCGGACUAAAGGCUUCCUCUGUGAUGUGAUCAUUGUGGUACAGAAUGCCCUUUUCAGGGCUCACAAGAACAUUUUAGCUGCUAGCAGUGUCUACUUGAAGUCACUGGUUGUUCAUGAUAAUUUGAUCAAUUUGGAUCAUGAAAUGGUCAGUCCCAGCAUAUUCAGAAUCAUCCUAGACUUCAUCUACACAGGAAGACUUGGAGAUGGUGAACCCAUUGGCGAACAGCUCUAUGGGGCAGUGUUGGCAGCUGCCAGCUAUCUCCAGAUCUCCGAUUUGGUCUCUUUAUGCAAGAAGAAACUGAAGAGGAAUGGCAAGUACUGUCAUGUUAGGACAGCAGCUUACUCACCUUAUGGGAGCCUUGCCAGGGGUCUAAGGGCCACCACUCCAGUCAUUCAGUCGUGCUUCACUUCCACUCCAAGGCCUGUAGACUUGCCACCAGUGGAGCCAGUGAACCCCAUAAAUACCCAUUGUGGGGAGCUGUAUGCUUCUGUGUCUCAGGCCAAUCAGCUGCACCAACAUGGACUUUGCCCACCUGAAAGACAUUGCUCUCCUCUGUGUGGACUGGAUCUCUCAAAGAAAAGCCCAAGCAGGCCAUCAGCACAGCACCAUUCAGAUGGACUUGGUGGAGGAGACAGCAGGGAUCCCUCAAUACAAGGAAGACCAGAUAGUCCCCCAGUAAGUGUCAGUGUUCUUACCAAUCAUAGCUCUUAUAAAAAUCAGGCCCAUGCUUACCAAAAGCUGGACAGUAAUGACCCACCUGUCAGUCGCCCAGAGCCUUUUCGAAACAACAUCUCCCAAGAGCCAGCCAACAGGACUGAAAGCCAGGAAAUGAUGUUUCGCUGGAUGAAAGAUGAGCCUCUGGGAAACUAUGUGGAUGAAAGUGACAGGGAGAAAGAACUGGAGCGGGAUGAGAAAGGGGAAAGCUCCCCAUUAUCCCAGCAACCAAGGUACCCUAGUAUAGAGAGCAAUGAGCCUGAUGAUGACAAAAGCACAAGUGAAGAGACAGGAAGUAGUGGGGAUCCAUCACCUUCUGCCAACCUGGAAAGAUACCACUGUAACCAUCUAGGUUAUGAGCCUGAGAGCUUUGGAGACAACCUGUAUGUUUGCAUACCCUGUGGUAAAGGUUUCCCUAGUUCAGAGCAGCUAAAUGCUCAUGUGGAAGCUCACAAUGAAGAGGACCUUUACCACAAAGACAGCAUGGAGCCAUCAGUCCCAUUCCUUGAUAAAUCCAACCAGAGCUUGGGUGACAUCAUUCGACCUUAUCGAUGCUCCUCCUGUGACAAGUCCUACAAAGAUCCAGCCACCUUGAGACAACAUGAAAAGACCCACUGGCUUACCCGUCCUUACCCUUGUAGCAUUUGUGGGAAGAAGUUCACGCAGAGAGGGACCAUGACCAGACAUAUGAGGAGCCAUCUAGGGCUUAAACCAUUUGCCUGUGAUGCUUGUGGCAUGCGCUUCACUCGCCAAUACCGUCUAACAGAACACAUGAGGAUCCACUCAGGGGAGAAACCAUACGAGUGCCAGGUGUGCGGGGGCAAAUUUGCUCAGCAGCGAAAUCUCAUCAGUCACAUGAAGAUGCACACAACUGGACCAGAUGGGAAGCCCAAGUUAGACUUCUCUGAUAGUGUCUAUGCCAUGGCCAAAUUUACCGCAGACCACCUUGGCUUGAAGCAAGAAAAGGCUGCAGAGAUCCUUUCCCAAACCUCACAUUUCCUCAACGAUCCUAAAACCAUAGAGAGCCUGUACCCCUUGGCCAAAUUCACUGCAGAACACUUAGGCCUGACCCAAGACAAAGCAGCCGAGGUCCUUAGCCAGAGGGAGCACUUGGGUAGUGACAGCAGGAUCAUUGAAAGGUUCUCCUCACCAUAAGGCCUCCCAAUCCUUGAGGAUGAAUGAUUUGCAUGCAAUAGAAAAA